AAGAGUUUUUCAUGAAAGAUCAAACCAGCCUUAUUCGUCUCAACCACUAUCCUCCAUGCCCUUAUCCUCACCUAGCUCUUGGUGUUGGUCGACAUAAGGACGCCGGAGCAUUAACCAUUCUUGCACAGGAUGAGGUUGGGGGACUUCAAGUCAAACGCAAAGCAGAUCAGGAGUGGGUUCGAGUGAAACCUACACCAGAUGCAUACAUAAUCAAUGUUGGUGAUAUCAUUCAGGUUUGGAGCAAUGACUUAUAUGAGAGUGUGGAACACAGAGCGAUGGUUAACUCUGAGAAAGAAAGGUUUUCCAUUCCAUUUUUCUUCUUCCCUGCACACUACACCGAAGUGAAGCCUUUGGAGGAAUUGACUGAUGAGAAAAACCCUCCAAAAUAUAGGCCAUACAAAUGGGGCAAGUUUCUUGUCCGUAGAAAGGGCAGCAAUUUCAAGAAACAAAAUGUCGAGAACAUUCAGAUUUAUCACUAUAAGAUAGCUUAAAGGAUAAUAAAAUAUCAGUUUAGCUUAUGCUUGGCCUAGAAUAUUUCUGAUUUGCUGCACUCUGAUCUUAUUAUGCAGUUAACAGAACUAGUGAAUGUAUGUAUGGUGGAAGCAUCUAAUAAAAGAAAAGUAUUGUAAUUGCAUGGAUC